CUUAUUAUUCUAUGGAUUUAUACGUACCUACAAAAAUAUUCGUGACUGUCCGAUAAACUUCCUUUUGAAGUUUCUACCUAUUCAUAGCCUUAUAGUUCCCCUUACCUAGUCACGUCAUAUGAGUAAAGAAUUUACUUACCGGUGUAUCGUGUCCGUACAUCGUGGCCGGAUAUUGUGUAGCCAUUUCCAAACAUUGCAAAAGUUAUCUUUCAUUGAUACGAUAAUUUGUGCUGGUAUUAAAAAUGUUUUUUUUUCAAGACGUCAUGUCAUGGUUCGCUGUUAAUUAUCAAUUACUUACCUAAAGCUUUAGGUAUCUACGAAUAUACAUUUUACAACGAAACCUGUUCGAUUGUACCUACUAACUGGGUAAUAUUCUGACAAAAAUUACGUCAUAUUAUGAAAAUAUAAUGUUAUGCAGUCUCCUCGGGUUCAUAUGCAUCCAGUGCUCCCGCCUCAGCAGCUGGACUAAAGGUUCCUUCUUCAGCUGGAUCUCUAUGAUUGCAUUCUGGUUCACGGGGAUCUUACUUGGCCUGUACCUCUUCCAUAUACUCGAGAAGUUCUACAAGAUCCCUUGGCUGAAGAUUGAGUUCCUGUUCUGCGCAAUAUGGACCCUCAUGUACCUGAUUGUAUCUAUUCUAGCCACAACUGUUCACGACAAUCCUCAUUCCGCCGCUGCGUUCUUUGGCUUCGUGGCGAUGUUGGCGUAUUUGGUGGACGCUUAUCUGAAGUUUAAGGCGGUGCGUGACGGUGGCCUGGCUCAGGGCUCCCGUGUCGUCUCCAAACAGACCUCCACCGUAGAGUCACCCCCACCGCGGGUUGGCUACUAAUGAGGCUGUUAAUGUACUAGUCUGCAAGUAAAGAGGGAAAUGUAAACAUGCUCAUGUGUCUAAAUUACUUCUGAACUUAAUGAUUAGAGUUCUAUAAAUUGCUCACAUAUACACUUUAGAAAAGUUUCUUGCAAGAUCACGACCAUUUAUAGACAUUUAAUUGGCACUGUAAUGCACUGUUAGCAGCUUAGUGUUGCGACGUAACCUGUAAAUAAUAUCGAGCAAGAAACGUAUACACAUUGCCAUUACGAAUUGUUUGUUGCCAGCGAAAAAAGUCUCACAUUUUAAGAUGAAAUUAAGGCAUUCGUUAUAUGUGGUCACAAUGUAUAGCGUUAUCUGGUCUCUAUGUCAGCUGUAUUAAUUAGAUUAAGCCAGAACAAAACCAUGUACUUAAAAUCAAAAGUAUUUCAGUAUUUUUUAAUUUUACAAUUACUAUCGCACUUAUGUCGUCAGAUAAGGAAGCUAUAUCAAAUAACUUUAUGACCACCAUUUCUAAUUGUUUUAAAAAUAUUAAUGAAUGAUCACUAUGUGCUAUGUACUCCUAUUUAUUAUUGAUUUGUAUUAAAAUAAUUAAAAUUGGAGCGUUAAUAACCAAAGAAUAAGUACCUAUAUACAGGGUGUGAUGGCUCAAAAGGUGAUCUGAAAAUGUAAGCAUGACAUAUUUUGAAAAUUUUAUGUAUUUACUUGAAUUUAUUCAUCUAUAAGCAUUAUAUGACACGGACAAAUUAUAAUUAUUUACUAUUAUUUAACUGAAAAAAAAAACUAUAUUAGUAUAUUAAUAUUAAGUAAAUAUGUAAUAUAUUUUUAAACUCGCAGAAAUAACUUUACGAUGAGCCUUAUACACUGUGCCUUGUGUUCAUAAGUAUUCUAUUUGCAUAAACAUGCAUCGAUUACACAAAUGCACUGCCUUACCUUAGUAACAAAUUUUCAGUUCAGUAUUUUGUGACGACACGCGCGAAUUAUUUUCAAGUCACUUCUGACAGUAUUUAAUUUAAAGUUGUUGAAUUGUAUUUUUUAACAAAAUGGCGUACCUAAUUAUGUGCUUUGCGACAAGUCUUAUUUUGACAGUAAUGUCAAGUAUGACGUCAUGAUUGUGUAAACAUAGGAACUAGAUAUUUUGUUUCUUGCAUUUAAAACUUAUACUUUCCUACUGAAUUCAACUAGUCGUCUAAUUUUUCCAAUAUGAAAUGGAUUUUCUUAAAUUAUUAUGGUACAUUUUUAGGUACGCCAUUACAAAACAAAGCAGUUUUAAUAAAUUAUCAUAUAUUCAAUAUAUUCUGUGUAAAGUUUUAAAUACUAAUGUUACGUUUUACGUUAUUUUAGUUGUUAAGUUCUUAUUAACCACCUGACUAAUUAAUGUUUCGACAGGUACAUAUGUAUACUACCUUCUUUGUUGAUACAUAUUUACUAAUUUUAAGUUUUAACUAUGAAUUUAUAAAUGAACUUUACAUUUUUACUAUAGACUUAAUUAAGUGUACAUUUCAAUCGCAAUUUAAUAUAAUGAUAAAGCUUUUAACUUUUAUUAUAAAUAUCCAGUUUAAACUAGAAUUUUAAUAUUUUUUCAAGUUAUUUACAACGAAUGGAUAAUACCGGGUCGAUAUAUAUAUUUAGAAGUUU